GAGACUGACACUCCUGUGGCAAAGUUGGGAGCUGAUGUCACUGACAUAUCAAUUGAAACUCCAUCUUUUGAUAUUAAAUCUAAAGUAUCUAGUUCAGAAAUGGAAGUGUCAGACUUAAUAUUGCCAAUGCCAACGCUGAAAAUGCCUCAUAAGCCUAAAGCUGAAGGGAAAGCACCAAGUGUGGACAUCAGUCUCCCAUUAGGUGAUGUUCAAAUGGCAAAGGCAGAGAUGGACAUUCAUGGACCAGAUUUGGAAAGUAAAGCAGUAAAGGGAGAGAGUGAAGUUAAAUUAGAAGAAAAAGACCCUGAAGGCAAGGAAAGCAAGUUCAAAAUGCCCAAAUUCAAACUGCCCUCUUUCAGUUGGUCACCAAAGAAAGAAGCCAUCGUUCAAUCUGAUAUUGAAGGAACCCUGGAGGGGCGUAUCUUGACCUCACCAUCAGGAGAAACAGAAUCUGAACUAAUACAACCUGUCCCUGAGAAUCAGGGAGUAAGUGUGGAACUGGAUAGUGAGGUAUCUUUAGGAAAGGAUGGUGAAAAGGGCAAAAUGAAAAAGCCUCAGUUUAUCAUGCCAAAGAUCUCACUUCCUAAGAUGAAGGGUCACAAAGUCAAAAUAGACACUGAUACUAGUGGCUCAACACUAGAAACAGAAGGAGAUGGUUUGCUACAGAUGUCAGGGAAAGGAAGCAGUGGAGAUAAAGCAGGAGUGGGCAUAAAAGUGCCAAAAGUUAAGAUCCCUACGUUGGAAUUUUCCAAACCAGAAAUCAAAGCCGCCAGACAGGACCUGGACAUCAGCUCCCCUAAAACUGAUGUUGCAGUUCCUUCUUGUGAUGUAAGCCUUCAAGAAGCUGACCUGAAAUUGAGGUCUACUGAUGAUGGUAUCGGCCUGUCAGCCUCAGAUAUCAAGAGUCCAACAGCAAAAGGCUCCAUACAGUUGAAGGGUCCAGAAACAGGAUUUGAAGGACCAUCAGCUGGUAUUGGUGAGGGUGGAGUAGGAAUAAAAGUUGAAGACCUUGAAGGGAAGACCAAAACAACCAAAUUGCAAAAGCCAAAGUUUGGCAUUUCACAUUCUAAAGGGAAAGUGAUGGAGGCUGAAUCAGGAACUGAGGUUCCUCACCUGAAAGUGAUGACUGAUAUUACUGAAAUUGCUGUGGAAGCACCAACUUUAGAAGUGAAGUCUAUCAUCCCUGGUGCAGAAACAGAAGCUGCAAGCUAUAAAAUCAGAAUGCACCAAAUUUCUGAAACUGAGUUUAAGGCAGCAAAGGUUGACGUGAGGCUUCCAUCAGUUGAUGUUUCUAUUCCCAAGACCGAGAUUCAAGGUUCUGAUAUGGUAGCAAAGCCUGAAGGAGAAAUCAAACCUGGAGAUGCAGAUGGAGAUGAGAAAGAAGGGCAUUUCAAAUUGCCAAAAUUUAAACUACCAUCAUUUAGUUGGUCACCAAAGAAGGAGGCAACUAUUAAAGCUGCUUCAGAAGCACCAUUGGAAGAACGUGAAAUUACUGUAGCUCCAGGCAAAAUAGACCCCAAGCUAACAGUAAUUCCAGCUGAGGAUCAGGGUUCUAGUGUAGAUCCAGAUAUUAAAGUAUCAACUGGAAAAGAAGAACAAAAAAGUCAAAUGAAAAAGCCUCAGUUUGCCAUGCCUAAAAUAUCACUCUCUAAAAUAAAGGUUCCUAAAUCUCAGGUUAAUCUGCCAAAAGGGGAAGCUGAUAGAGAUGACUCAGUACAGAUACCCGAUAUAGAAAGCAGUCAUAGCGAAAGCAUGGACGAGGGGACACAAAUAAGCAUAAAACCAUCAAAAGUGAAAAUCCCUACUUCGGAAUUUUCCAAACCAGAGAUCAAACCCCCGAAAGUAGACAUAGAUGUUAGCGUACCAAAGGCUGACACCACUCUUCCUGCACUUGAUGCGGGUGUCUAUCAAGCUGACCAUAUAGUAGGGGCUGGCAGUGAAGAUAGCAGUCUGAAAACAGAUACUAAUCUUCCUGAAAAAGAAGCAUCCAUUAACCUCAAGAGUCCAGGAUCAGAUAUUGAAGGACCGUCAGCUGUGGAUGGAGCACAGGUGAAAGUUGAAGAUCUUGAAGGGAAAAUUAAAAUGCCUAGAUUCCAGAAGCCAAAGCUUGGGAUCUCCCUUACAAAAGGGAAAGGGCCUGAGACUGAGGUCAGCUUACCUAAAAUAGAAGCUGAGGUUCCUCAGCUUAAAUUGACAACAGAUAUUACCGACAUUGCAAUGGACACUUCAGUACCAAAAGUUGAAUCUGAUGUUUCUGCUGAAGGACUAGAGGCUUUGUGUCACUUGCCUGCAGCUGACAUUCAGGCUCCAAAGGUGGACAUUAGUCUCCCAUCAGUUUCUGAUUCAAUGGCAGAGGUGGCAAUUCUAAGCCCUGAGGGGAAAGAUAUAAAAAUGGAAGGAGAACAUGAAACAAAGUCUGGGGACAUUCAGACUGGAGAACAUCAGGGCUGGUUUAAAAUGCCCAGAUUCAGAAUGCCAACAUUUGGUCGUUCAUCUUCAAAGGAAAAAAGAAGUGACACUGACUUUGAAGGAAGUCUGGAAAAGGCUCAGAUAAGUGUUCCUUCUGUGGAAAUACAAGGUGAAAUAAGUGCUCCUGAAAAUGCAAACUUGUUGCCACAGGUAGACGCUGAAUCUGCUGCUGGAAAAGCUGUUUUGGAAAGCACAAUGCCAUCUGUUCAAGAAGAGAUUCCAAAAUUGGGAGUUUCAGUACCCAAAAUAAAGAGUUCUGAUGUCAGUUUGUCAAAGUUUGAAGCAGAUGUUUCACUAACUGCAGAAAAAUCAGGCAUUGAUGUGGGUUUUCCAAAAACUGAAACUUAUGCUGAUGUAGUUAAGCGCAGUGCUGACGGACAAAAAUUACAAGUUCACAUGGCAAAAACUGCAGGUCCUCAGGUAGAACUCACGUCAUCAGAAAGUAGUGCUUCAAAAACUAUUACGCUUCCCAGAUACCUGCCUGAAACUGAAAUAGGUAGAGCAGAAAUCCAGUUUCCAAAAGAGGAAGGAUCCAUUGAUCUGAAAGGUCCAAAGACAGAACUUAAGGAACCAUCAACCAGAAUUUCAGUGGACAGUCCAGACCAACAAAGUGAGCCAGAGAUAAAUGUUAAAAUUCCCAAAUUGAGAAUACCAAGUUUUACUUACAGUGCACUCCCACCUGAAGUUGAUGUUUCGACAUCCAAAAUGACAAUAGAUGCUGAAGGAGCUGCUAUUGACACUGAAGCACAAAUACUAGAAGAGAGAAGUGCAGUCCUUCCAGAAAUACUGGAGGCUGUAGGUGGGACUGUACAAAGGUCAACAGCCAGCAGUCCACCAUCAACUGAGCUUGAUGUUAAAACAACACAGGUAGAAAUUAUGUUGCCUGCCGCAGAGUUUUGUAUUCCAAAACCUGCACUAGACAGUCCAAGGUCGCAUGUAGAAAGCAAAGAAAUAAAGAUUGACGGUAAUGUUGAAUCUGGACGUAUUGACAUUGAAAAACAUGAAACUUACUCCACUCAGAUAGUGAAAGAAUCUGAGAUUCUUCCAUCAGAAAUCAAAACUGCUACUUUUGGCUUUUCACUUCUCAAAGCGAAGAUUCCUGAAUCGCAGAUUAACUUAGAUACACGAGUCAAACAGGAGUCAUGCACAGAAUAUAAAAGCGCUGUGUUUGAGAGUGAAGUUCUUCAAGUUAAACACUCUGAUGACCAUUCAGGAAUAGCGAUGGAAAGGACUGAUACUGCUGAGCAUGAAUUACUUGAUAAGCCAGGGUGUGAGACUGAAGAAUCUGGUAUGGCAGCAUCUGCCAAUGUUAGUUUGCCAGAACUGGAAACCUUUGCAGUUGACGUACAGCCUUCCAGCAAAUUGGAAGAAGGUCCUCUUGACAAGCAACCAGAAGAAGUAACUGUAUCUCCUCUUUCUAAAGACAGUGAAGUAGCUGAAGUACCAGAAGAUGAAAAAAAAGAUACGAAGGAUCAAAAAGAAAAACCUGACAGUAAAAGAUCUCCUGGAAGAUUCAAGUUUUGGCUUCCAAGCAUUGGAUUUUCUUCCUCUGUUGAUGACACAAGCGUGGACUCCAAAACUGAAGUAAAAAAACCAGGUCCAGAAGAAACACAACCCACUGAUACAUCAACAGCAGAUCCUGACUCUUCGAAGCAGACUGAAAAAGCUGGAUGGUUUAGAUUCCCCAAACUAGGUUUUACAUCUCCAUCAAAAAAGGCCAAGACGGCUGACAAGGAAGAGACAAAUCUAAAAGAAAGGAAAAGUUCAGAUGAAGAAAGCCCCUCAGAGACUCAUGAUACAUUUUUUGAUGCAAAAGAAAGCUUAUCACCUAAAGAAGACGACGAAACAGGGACCUCAUCAGAUGUUCGAGAUUCUCGUGUUAUUGUUACAUCGUCAGCAAGAACAGAACUAAUAUUGUUGGAAGAGGAAAGAGCUAGUCAACAAAAUAUUCCUGAAGCUGAAACCAAAUGA